ACCAACGGAUGAAUGGAUUUAUGAAUUAUCCUCCUUAAAUUCCCCAUCUCCCCACCAAAGCCUAAAAGAAAGUGAGAGAGGAAGGCUAAUACUGAUCAUCAAAUGGCUAAAGAAUGCACUGAGAGCUCUGUUACAACCUCCCCUUCGCCACCGAAUUGGUGGGAUCUUCAUCAUGCAACUUCUCUUUCUUCAUGGAAUAAUACCGGCAGCACCCCCUGGCACCAAAAAAAUAUUAAUUCAAACUCCUCUUGUGAGGAGGAAGUUUCCAUCUCCACCUCCUUUACUUAUGCCUCCAAUCAGUCUGGACUUACUGUGGACUCCUCUCACAGACUUGUUCAUGAACCUGCGUCUUCCACUGAGUUGAUUGGAGAACAUACUCCCGAUAAUCAUCUCUGGAGUCAUGUAUUAUCAAGUGUUGGAAGCAAUGGAGAUUUGCACAACAGUCAAGAUGUGGGAGCGAACUUACUUGAUGCACUGUCGUCAAAGAGUAUAUCAAUUGGGAUAUUCGAACCUGCCUAUGAUUACUUGAAGAAAAUGGACACCAAUUGGGAAUUCACAAACUCCUCAUCCUUCAACGACUUUGACAAACAUUUAAAUGGUGGCUUUAGUGAAAGCUCCACUGAAAAUGAAAGGUUAAAUAAGUUGUCCAACUUGGUGAGCCACUGGUCUAUUGCUCCACCAGACCCAGAAAUCAAUCGCCACUUCGAUCCGCAAACAUGCAAUAUAUCUUUGAGUUCAUCAAUGGAUCAUCAAUAUAAUUCACAGCCUAAUUUUUGUCAUAUGAAACCAAGGUUAUUCGCUGAUUCUACCCCAAGUGGGACGACAAGAAAUUCAGGAAUUUUAUCAUAUUAUGGUCACCAUGAUUUGAAGGUGGAAAAUGAACAUCAAGAUUGUGACACACCCACAUCUUUUAUCGGAAAGUCUUUUAAUACAGGUGGCCUUGGAAAUAAUCAUGUUGGCCUCAACAGUACUAAUUCAAUGGUGGAAGGUGACAACAAAUACUACUAUGGAAUGUCUCAUUCUCAGUACUGUACAAACGCCAGAAAUUUUGCCGAUGCUAUAACUCUCAGUAGUCGAUUAACCAAGCCAUUAAUUGAUAUCCAUGUUCCAAAACCCUAUUUUAAAUCCUUGAAUCUAUCCGAUUGUAAGAAGCGAACUUCUUCUCCGACAACAAUGAACGGAAGGGAACGGGGAACUAAUGAAUGGAAGAAGAAAAGGUCUGAACAAAAUUCAGAGGCAGUUUUAAAAAAACCCAAGACUGAGAGUUCUGCAUCUUCCUCUUUAAAGGUAAAUAAGGCACCAAAAGUCAAGCUUGGGGACAGGAUCACGGCCCUUCAGCAAAUAGUGUCACCUUUUGGAAAGACUGACACGGCCUCUGUGCUAUACGAAGCCAUUAUUUAUAUAAAGUCUUUACAAGAGCAAGUGCAGCUGUUGAGUAAUCCCUACAUGAAGUCUAAUUUACACAAGGAUCCAUGGGGAGGUUUAGAUCGAAAAGAAAAGGGAGAUGUGAAGAUUGAUCUAAGGAGCAGGGGUCUUUGCUUAGUUCCAGUUUCAUGUACUCCAAAAGUUUAUCAUGAGAACACGGGAUCAGAUUACUGGACACCCGCAUAUAGAGGAUGCUUGUAUAGAUGAAGGAAUGAAGCCUAUCUUUGCUUUUAUUUGAAUAUUUAUAACAAAACAUUAUUAUGUUAUAAUUGAGUAGCAAACAACAAACAUUAUUACUCUACCAUACGAGCUGCUCUCUAUCCCUUGUUAUUCAUAUUAGUGUGUUGUCCAACAAUAACUAGUGGAUAUAUUUAAAAAUACAGCUUUUGCUGAUUUUAAUAGUUCA